AUGGCGUCGCAAGUUCCUUCCCAGGCUAACAUCCAGUCUACGCAUCCCUUCACUUGCAACACAUGCCAGGUCGCCUUCCGAUCGAGCGAGUUGCAGCGGGCGCACAUGCAGACCGACUGGCAUCGCUACAACCUCAAGCGUCGCGUGGCCUCGCUCCCACCGCUAUCCUCUGAGAUCUUCACCGAGAAGGUUCUUGCGAACAAGGCCACCGCUGCCGCCACUGCCGCCAAGGCGUCGUUUGAGAAACUGUGCACCCCGUGCCAGAAGACGUACUUCAGCGAAAAUGCCUACAACAACCACCUCAACAGCUCCAAGCAUCGCAUCAACAUGGCCAAGUCGGGUAGAGGUGCGCAACUAGAUGACGCCGCAUCGGUAACGGGCUCCAUGGUCAGCUCUGCCUUUUCGCUGGGAGAGUCCAUGGCUGAGUCGGAAGCCACCACCGUCAACGGGGACAAGGAUGUCGCAGGUGUCGCCGAAGGUCUACAAAAUGCCAGCCUCGAAGGCGAGGACGCAGCUGAGAACGAGUCCGCCGCCGCCGAAGACGACAAGAGCUCUGUUGCCGCGUCGACCAAGCCUGCCACCGAUCCCCUCCUCGACUGCCUAUUCUGCAACUACAAGUCGCCCAACUUCCAGCUCAACAUUACUCACAUGGGACGAUACCACGGCAUGUUCAUACCCGAGAAGGAAUUCCUCGCUCAACCCGAGGAGCUUAUCAAGCAUCUCCACGAGAAGAUCCACGCCUACCACGAGUGCCUCAAAUGCCACAAGACUCUUCACACCGCCUCUGGCAUUCAAACGCACAUGCGCGACCGCGGCCACUGCAUGAUUGCCUUCGACUCGGAUAUUGAGUUGGUCGAGAUUGGCGAGUUCUACGACUUCCGGAGCUCUUACCCCGACGCUGCCGACUUCGACGAGAUGGCAGAGGAGGCUGAAGAUUCAGACGAUUCGUCAUCUACAACAGGAGGCGGAAUCAAGCUCGGUGCCAGGCGCGAGACCAAGACCACUACAGAGGAUGACGCAGCCAUGUCGAGCAACGCCGAGGAGGACGCAGGCUGGGAGACCGACAGCACCGUCUCGAGCGUACCGACCGAUGAGAUCACAGCCGUACCCAUCGACCGCAGCCACCGCCACAAGUCACUCAACAAGUCGAAGCACCACAACCACGCCGACCCCCGCCCACACCGCGCUGCCGACGGCUUCCACUCCCACGCGCACCACACUCCCCAAGCCGUCUACCACGACGAAUACGAGCUCCACCUCCCCUCGGGCCGCACCGCAGGUCACCGCUCACUAAACAAGUACUACCGCCAGAACCUGCGCAACUACCCCGGCGUCGCCGAGCGCAUGGAGGAAGCGCAACGCGCCCGCAUACCCGGUGCCAUCACCGCCGGCGACGAAGACGAAGAGGACCAGGACGGCGACGUCACUAUGGCCGGCGAGGAAGGCGAGGAGUGCAGCCAACUCCAAGUCCGCGGUCGCGGCCACGAUAAAGACCGCCAGCUCCUGUCUCGUGCCAACGGCGGGCGGGGUAUGGUCGGUGUCACCGACGCCAAGAAGAAGGAGAUCCAAGCUGUUGAGAAGCGCGAUAGGAGGAAGGAGCAGGCUGCUCGCAGUCGCUACCAGGCUAAUGUUGAGAAGGCGCAGAACUCGCAGAAGCACUUCCGCGAUCCCCUUCUGCAGUAG